AAAUUAAAACCACAAUUUUUAAAGAAAACUUUAUUAUAGCACAACGGAAUUUUAUCCACCUGGCCUUAAACGCUCUCUAUCCAUUUCACACAAAAAAUGUUCCUUUUGGUAACUAUUGCGACGCUGUGCCUGCUUUUGGCUAUUAUAGGGGACCUCGUCAAAUUGCUGCAACUAUCCAGAAUAUUUCGAUGUGUUUCCGGAUCUGGCUCCAACGAUGAGCUACAACAGCAACUAAAAGAAGCUCGCGAUAAAGUUGACCGCGUGCGGCAGUCAGCCGCUGCUACAAGUCACUACACGUAUACCGUAAAAUUGAUGCGAGCUGAAAACGAACUUAAAGCCAUACAAUCGAAGAUUCGUAGUGAAGGCAAUAUGCAACGUAUUAAAGGUGCAUCCGUCGAACUUAUUGUCACCUACCUUCUAAAAGGUAUCAUCUCAUUAGCGCUUUUCAUAUUAACUCUGCGCAACCGAUAUACACCCGUGCUUGUGUUUAAUGAAAGUGUAAGUUUUGAACCAAUUGGUGUACUUCUGAGCUUCCCAACAGGGAUAGACCAUGCGAUAUCUGUGCCAUUCUGGGUGUUGUCUUGCAAUAGCGCAUUCCGUAUGAUUAUCAGCGCAGUCAAAGGGAAGUGAUUGUAUGCAUUUUCUUUGCCAAUGACAACAGGAAAUAAUGUUGGCAUCGGUAGCACUAAGGAGGGAAGGAUGACUAGCUAAGUAUGAUACAAUUUUAUCCGUGAAAGUCAUCGUUAUAUAAGAUUAUCAGCACCAUCAACCGGAGUGCUCCGAACUGCCAUACAAGUAUUGCAUUUCAUUCAAUUUUAUUUUAUUUAAAUUGUAUGUGUGUAUUUACAAGUUUAUUCAAUGUGAAAUAACAGAAUUUAUAUACAUAUUUAUGCUUUCAAAUAAAAUACAUUACUGCAAAGUUUUCUCAAAAGUGCAAUAA